AUGUCUGACUCUUUACUGAAUCACCGUUGCCUAUUCGAACACCACGAUGAUCAGCAGCAGAACCAGCACGGCGUGACGGCCGGAGACGGCGGCGCCUUGAACUGCUCACUGGAGACGCGCAAGGGGAAGCGCAUCGCCUCCGCUGAGGCCGCUUUAACCACCAUGCGUGGUAGCGGUGGCGGCGCGAGCGGCAGCAUCAUCGACGACGACGACGCCUACCGCCGCGAAAGCUAUAAAGUAGAGGUGGAUUCGGUGCGGUGCAUCACGUGGUACCUCUGCCGCGUGUGUCGCAGCUGCUACGAUCAUCUCGCGGACAGCAUCCUCGAUGCCCACGAGGCACCCCACGCCGCCGCCACACUGCACAGCAGCUCGAAGCUGCCCCUCUGGUACUACGCACGAUUGUGCAGCUCCAGCGAGCUGCUCGACACCGAUGGUAAGGCAGGGGUCCAUCGUCAGCGGCGCGGCUGUGAAGCACGACAGCAUGCAACCUCGAAGCCGUCCGCGGCAUCGUUGUCCCCGACGGCAGCGGCGUCAAGCAAGCCACUGUCCUCGUGGUCCUCUAUCUGGGCGCGAGUUCGAGCGUCGGUGUCACUACCUGCCUCUCGUGCUCUGUCGACAAUGGCGUCGCCUCCCAUGACGGCGGCGGCCACGCCAUCCUCUGCGUCGCCAUCACUCUUGCAGACUCGCUACCACUGUCAAGCGCGUGGCCCUGCCAGCAGGCGAUUGAAGGGAAGGACCAGUACGAACGCCGCCGGUGCACAGGUGAGCACCGGGUUGGGCGGGAGCGGGAACACGUCUCCGGUUAGCCUUGAACCCGCAAGAGGGGACGACUCGAUCCUGUCACUGUCUGCACGGCCCGCCAUAAAGUCACCCAAGAUCGCAUCGGCGGAACCACAGCCAUCGUCGUCCUCGAGGCGUGCGCGGCGCACUGUUACCCCUUCCCGUCGGCUCCUCAUCAGCAUUGACGGUAGCCCAGGCUCUCUUCGCCAGGCCGUGGCGCUGGCACGUCGACGGCGGCGCAUCGCUGUCAUCCUGAUUGACGAGCGCGACCUUGCCAGUGCAGACGACGACACCGAGGCGCAACAGCGGCAUCAAGAUGUCCCGUGUGGUGCCCUAUCUGCACACUCUUCCGCAGAUGUUGACGCGGAGACGGCGCUUCGCUCCAGCUCGGUCGCCGACCAGAGUAGCGGUACGCAGAGCGCAGGCCAGACGCCGCCCAUCGCCGCGACAGCCGAUAUCACCUCGUUGGCACCCCAGCACACGGAAAGCGAGAAGUGUGACGUUUACCAGCAGAACCAGGCGACAGACGGCAAUGCAGCGCCAGUGGCUAUGAUGAAAACAUCGGCACGGCGGCCGAAGUUGUCGAUUCGCGUGGAUGAUGUCACAUUCGGUGACGCCGACGGGACGGCCGCCGCUUCCGCCAGCGGCAACAGCACAGACGCUGCAGCCCUGCGCGGGCUCGCACCCGCGUCGUGGCUUUUACCGCAACUCCCUUUCCAAGCGGCGGCGCCGGUAAGUCCUUCCGUGGCCGUGCGAGCCUCGUCGCCUGCACUGUCCCCUUUCCUUCUACACGAGAAUGCGUCCCUCGUCACCGCCGCGUCCUCUGCGGUGGGAGCUGCAGCAGGCGCCUCAUCCUCGGCGACAAGCAAGCCGAUUUCAUGUCUUCCGGAUGGUCCACAGGCCGCCACCACCACCUUCGCCGUUCAGGGCGAAAGUGUGCCAGCAACGCCGCACACGGAGGGCAAGCUACCGGCGCUGCCCGUGGCUCUCGACAGCGGCGUGUAUGUGCUGCGAGCACUGCUUUGUCAAAUCGGCGCAGUGGUGCGUCCUUCAUCUAUGCCAGCCUCGAAGGUGUGCACGACGCCGACGCCGACCUCAGCCGCAGCGGCGGCGGCAGCCUCCGGAGGCAGCGGACUCUCUUUGGCAGCGAGGACCGCCGGCGCAAGCGGCUUUUUCGCUGACCCCGCGAGCUGUGUGGGCUCGCAAACCGUGGGGACGCCUCUCUGGGGCACUGGCCCCGAGUCUUACGCUGCGCAGCGUCAGGCACUGGUUCGCGAGAUAGUAGUGCGGUACCAGCUGGGCCUAGGCGCAGCAACCCCGGACGUAGUGACCUCGCCUCUCACUGGUGCUUUCAUUAGUGGCGCCUACACCGUGGCAGGGGAUCAGAACGAAGGUGCGCAUUGGUGUGGCACGGCCGGACAGCGUGGAGUCCCGGUUGGGUUAGGCAGCGGCAGCGGCGGUUACGUGAACGCGACCUGCCGGCGUGUCUGUGGGUGCCCUGCAGCGGCGUCGUUCGAGCGCGUGAUGGCGCCGGUGACGACGUAUUUCCAGCUGCGGCCGCCGGUGACUGCCACCGCCGCUGCACCAGGAGCAACCGCCGCCACUGCGACCGCCGUCACCAUCUUGCCUGUCUCCACCCAGGUAGAAAUUGUCGGCAUACCCAUUGAUACGUCUGCCGUCACAGGUGCAACCCCGUUGACGACGUCUACAGCAGCUGCACCAAGUGCAGUGUCGAUGGCAUCAUCAGGACUCUCGUCCCCUCAUGUGCGCGGUGGCGGUAUUGGCGCCGGCACUGCCAUCAUCCCUGGACUUACCGCCGGCGAUACGGUCGGCGGCACCUCACGCCCUUUCACGAUGACCGAGUUUCUGCCGCAGCUGGCAAAGCUAAGCACCAACCUCGACGGCUACGUGAUCGUCAUCCUGCGCCGCCAGAGCUUCAGGUGUGCGGGUGGGGGCGAUAGAACCUCCCCUGGCGGUGGCGCUACCGCCACGCGUCCUGGCCCCAACUGUGACUCCGCUGUCGACACGCCCGUGCUCCAGAUGGGCAACAACAACAGCAGCGGCGUGCAGCAGCCUCGAGAACUCGACGACAGCGCACAGCAGAGUGCUGAUGCAGACCAGCUUGCCUCGAGCACCUGUGUAUCCCUCUCCCUCCUUGAGGAGGUCAAGUGCUCUGGACCGCGGCCACUGCAGCUGCGCGACCCAAAUUCUCGGCAGCGUCGAUGCCACCGCGUCACGGAGCUGUUUGGUGGGCAGCACAUUCGACUGCUCUAUCAGCAGCUGCAGAGCUGCGGGGUGCCUCAGCCAGCCGUCAGCGUUGUGGAAGUAAGCAACGAAGCUGAGCCCGGCGCACCAAAGCUCUCGCCAGUGUAUCUGGCCACUGGCAAGAGUCCACUGGAGGAGGCGAGCCUCUCCCAUGACGAGUUGGGAACACCGCCCAUGCCGCACCUCAAGGCCCGAGCGGGCACCGGAGGGGAGGACGGAGUCGCGGAAGGUUGGUCGGGUGCCGUAAAGUCGUCCCCACAAAACUCCGCCUUGUCCGCCUCUGGCAUGUCGACAGCGUCGUCCGUCGACUCGGGCCUGAUGCGGCGGCCGUCGAGCGUUUUAACAAGCGCUACAGCGCAGUCUCCACAGACCACAGAGAGAGCACCGCAUGCACCGACGAUGCACGGCGACUGUUUCGAAAGGCUGCAGCUGCCUGCGUCUGUGGGCGUUGCUCUCAGCCAGACGGCGAAGGCGAUGAACACGUCUGCCUUCCCGGUGGCAGCGCCGACUGCGCUAGAGCAGGCCAUGACCUCUCUGCGGUGUGUGUCCCGGCAGCUGGGGGUCAGCAUGUGCAGCACGACGUACGCCUCUGAGACGGCACCGCGUACAAUGAGCAGCGCAUCAGCCCCCUACUCCAGCCAGAGUCCCGUGGUGCCGACGGCCACCAUGGCGGCAGAGGCACCAGUGCCCGCAGCACCGUCCUCACUUUCAUUAAAGGUGAACAGUAAUACGAGUGGUAGUGGGGAGAGCGCCCUGCUCACGCGCGCACUAGAGUCGCUCGUGGCCACGCUGGUCUACCGGGACAUCUGUGUUACUCUCUCCCAGUAG